UAUAUAAGGGGUAAAUCCAGUGUCGCAAGCCCUAGAAAUCUCAAAGCUCUGGGCUAGUGCAUAGUCUUUCACGUUUCGCAGACAAUCUCUUAGAUUGACGGUCGCGAAGGGCGGUAAUAGCGAUAAGUUCUCAAGAAUCUCACAAAAUAUGGCGGAUUACGAAGAAAGAUACGAAGGAAAUGGAGAGGACGUCGACAACUACGGUGGUGGUGGUGGUGGUGGUUCCACUCCCCACCCUCGUAGUAACAGCCAUGGCGUGCCUGACGAUUACAAUGAAUCAAAAUCUCAGCAUGGUUCUCGUGAUUAUGAGAGAGAGUCUUCCAGGAGCAGAGAAAAGGAAAGAGAAAAGGGAAGAGAUAAGGAGAAGGACCGCGAUAAAGAUCGAGAACGAGAUAGGGACAGAGAGGGGAGGAGAAGUAGGGACAGGGAGAGGGAGAGGGAGAGGGACAAGGAUAGGGAAAGAGACCGAGACAGGGAUAGGGAUAAGGACAGGGACAGGGAGAGGGACCGAGACAGGGAUCGUGAUCGACAUCACAGGGAUCGCCACAGGGACCGAAGUGAGAGAAGGGAGCGUGGAAGAGAUAGGGAUGAUGAUGAUGAUGAAGAAUUUUACCGCAGCCGUGACUAUGACAGACGAAGGGAUUAUGACAGAGACAGGGAGGAUAGGCACAGGCGCAGAUCAUCAUCACGCUCAAGGGGUAGAUCUGAGCAUAGAUCCAAGUCAAGGUCACGUUCUCGGUCACGCUCAAAGAGCAAGAGGAUUAGCGGUUUUGAUAUGGCACCUCCGGCUUCUGCAAUGCUAGCUGGUGCAGCUGCUGCAGGUCAGAUUCCUGGGGCUAGUCCAACCAUUCCUGGAAUGUUUCCCAACAUGUUCCCUCUUGCGACUGGUCAGCAGUUUCCAGCUCUUCCUGUUAUGCCGGUUCAGGCAAUGACGCAGCAGGCUACUAGGCAUGCCCGGCGGGUUUACGUUGGAGGGCUUCCCCCUACAGCAAAUGAACAGUCAGUUGCCACGUUUUUCAGUCAAGUUAUGGCUGCAAUUGGAGGAAACACUGCUGGUCCAGGGGAUGCGGUUGUAAAUGUUUAUAUUAAUCAUGAAAAGAAGUUUGCUUUUGUGGAGAUGAGAUCUGUUGAGGAGGCAAGCAAUGCUAUGGCAUUAGAUGGAAUUAUUUUUGAGGGAGCCCCUGUUAAGGUGAGGAGGCCUAGUGAUUACAACCCUUCUCUUGCUGCAACGCUUGGUCCAAGCCAACCCAAUCCCAAUCUGAAUCUGGCUGCUGUUGGUUUAACACCAGGUUCUGCUGGUGGGCUUGAGGGACCUGAUCGCAUUUUUGUGGGGGGGUUGCCCUACUAUUUUACAGAAGCACAGAUCAAGGAAUUGCUCGAGUCUUUUGGACCCCUUCGGGGUUUUGAUCUUGUGAAAGACAGGGAAACUGGAAACUCAAAAGGCUAUGCCUUCUGUGUUUAUCAAGAUCUUUCAGUUACAGACAUAGCUUGUGCAGCUCUUAAUGGAAUCAAAAUGGGGGAUAAAACACUCACUGUUAGGCGUGCUAACCAGGGUGCUAACCAACCCAAACCUGAGCAAGAAAGUGUACUAUUGCAUGCGCAGCAGCAGAUUGCAUUGCAGAGGUUCAUGUUAUUACAACAGCCUGGUGCAGCAGCCUCCAAGGUUGUAUGCCUUACUCAAGUAGUUUCUGCAGACGAGCUAAGAGAUGAUGAGGAAUAUGAAGACAUUGUGGAAGACAUGAGGCAGGAAGGCGGGAAAUUUGGGCCAUUGGCAAGUGUUGUCAUCCCACGACCACUGCCCGAUGGGCAACCAUCACCUGGAGUGGGAAAGGUGUUUUUGGAGUAUGUGGACGCGGAUAGCGCUUCCAAAGCUCGCGCGGGAUUGAAUGGUAGAAAAUUUGGUGGAAACCAAGUAGUUGCCGUGUUUUAUCCGGAGAACAAGUUUGCUGAGGCGGACUAUGAUGGCUAGUUAAGGCGGACUCAUCUUUUAUUUGUCGCUUUAGGCGAUAAGACAAUUAUAUAGUAUUUUUGAAUCGAAGAAAAUAUUAAUGAAUUUUAGAUUGACACUA